AGAAGUCGGAAAAGAAGAAGAGUGGAAUUUAUUUGUUAAUUCAACGAUUUAUUAAUUUAAUUCUUUUACGAAGCUCGAAUCAUCCAACAACGGCACAAUGGCAGACAAAUUACAGGAACAGAGCAUCAUGGACAAGUCCAUGCGCUCAGUAUUCGUGGGCAACAUACCGUACGAGGCCACGGAAGAGAAGCUCAAGGAAAUUUUCAGCGAAGUCGGCCCGGUUUUGUCGCUCAAACUCGUGUUUGAUCGGGAGAGCGGCAAGCCCAAGGGAUUCGGUUUCUGUGAGUACAAGGAUCAGGAGACGGCCCUGAGCGCCAUGCGCAACCUCAAUGGCUACGAGAUCGGCGGUCGGACGUUGCGUGUGGACAACGCCUGUACGGAAAAGUCGCGAAUGGAGAUGCAGCAGCUGCUGCAGGGUCCCCAAGUCGAGAAUCCCUACGGCGAACCCUGCGAACCCGAGGACGCACCCGAACUGAUCACCAAGACGGUCGCUUCGUUGCCGCCAGAGCAAAUGUACGAACUGAUGAAGCAGAUGAAGCUGUGCAUUGUCAGCAAUCCAUCCGAGGCGAGACAAAUGCUUAUGCUGAAUCCCCAACUGGCGUAUGCCCUGCUCCAGGCCAUGGUGGUGAUGCGCAUCGUCGAUCCGCAGCAGGCUUUGGGCAUGCUCUUCAAGGCCAACCAGAUGCCGCCCGUGCUGGGUGGCAGUGCACACCCGAAUGCGCCCAGUGGCAUGUCCAUGGCUCAGCAGCAACAACAGAUUCCACAGCAGCAACCGUCACAAUCCGGGCCCGUAAGUGGUCCCGGACCAAUGCAGCCGAUGCCAGUGCCCGGCCCGAACUUCAGUAAUGUCCACUCCAAUGACAUUGAUCUGCGCAUGGGUCCCAGCGGUCCCAUGCCCAUGGAUCCGCGCAUGAUGGCCCGCAAUCUGGACCAGGAUAUGCGCCAGGUGAUGCCGAAUCCGGUGCCACCGCCACUGAUGGACCCACGGACACGCGCCCAGAUGCCGGCACAGCAGCAGGGACCCGCCUCGGGGCCGGCACCGUACCCAAGCGAUCCACGCCAGCGGCCCAUGGAUCCGCGCCUGCGCGCUGGCGCCGUACAGCCGCCGCAGCAGGUGGUGCCCCAGGUGCCGCCGCCAACACAGCAGCAGCAAAACGCGGCCCAGCAGUUGCAGAGUCGUCUGGGCGCUCACGGAGUGCUACCCUCGGAUGCCUCCGACCAGGACAAGGCCGCGCUAAUCAUGCAGGUGCUGCAGUUGUCCGACGAGCAGAUUGCACAGCUGCCCUCGGAGCAGCGUGCCAGCAUUCUGAUGCUCAAGGAACAGAUUGCCAAGAGCACACAGCGCUGAGAGCUUGUCGCAGAUAUUUUCAUUUUUGAUUGGAGAACGAAUAAAAAGGGAGGCGCAGUCGCACAUUCA